AUGCCCUACACGGCCCACGGAGUCGUCAUAAACGCCAAGCGCAACGUUACAGCAAUCUUCCGACUCGAAAACGGCGAGCGCAUACGAUUCAUCGGCGAGCUCUUCGGACAUGCCGUAGAUUUUGCCUGCAGUAACGCAUCGAUGACAUACGAGAGCCGGACCCAGAUAUUCACGGCCUCUAAGUUCACAUGCGAGCUUACGAAUGAUACAGUCAAGUUUACGAUGAGCGACGGUGGGCCGACUUUUCAAGGGCUUUUGGAUUGGGUUUCGAUUGAAUGUGUGACCAGGGGAGGAUUGGGUACAUGGGAGGCGUCAGAUUAG